AAUUGCUUGGUGAUGUACUGAAAGAUCAGCCGCAGGAAGCAGAUGGAAUUGACUCAGUAAUAGUCGUGGAUAAUGUUCCCCAAGUUGGACCAGACCGACUUGAGAAACUGAAGAAUGUCAUCCAUAAAAUAUUUUCCAAAUUUGGGAAAAUUAUCAAUGAAUUUUAUCCAGAAGCAGAUGGGAAGACAAAGGGGUACAUCUUUCUGGAGUACAUGUCUCCAUCUCAUGCCGUGGAUGCUGUGAAGAAUGCUGAUGGAUACAAGCUGGAUAAGCAGCACACUUUCAGAGUCAACCUUUUCACAGACUUUGAUAAGUACAUGACAAUCAGUGAUGAAUGGGAAAUCCCUGAGAAACAGCCAUUUAAGGAUUUG